UUAUCUCCACCUUCAUCUCCCCGGAUCCUCCACGAUAUAUCUGUAAUGCAGCAUCCCACAUGCCUAAUAGAUUACUAAAAAAUCUUCUGUAACAUUAUUCAUAUCGCCCAUUUUAGAAACCACCAACAUUAAUAUAAAUACCACUGGCAUUAUUUUAGAUUUCAAUAUUAGUUUACAGCUCCCUUUUUAUAAUAAGCAGAUCCUAUAACCAGUAUUUAUAAAACCUACCUUAAUUAUUCAUAAUUGCAGCGAAAACUGUCGGCAGUUGACGUGACGCUAGCAUGGCCCACAACUCAAGACCACCACACUCGGUGUUUGUCUGCCGUCACUGCCUGUUCUGCUAGAAAGGGCCCUUGUCCUACUGGAGGCCUGCCACAAUUCCUAUCCAGUCUAGUUUGUACUACAUGUAACGACACGAACGCAGUCACUCUAGGCUCACUAAUUAACAAUUUACUAAUUAGAGUUUGAGGUGGCAUAGCAAGUCUCUCCUUUCUCCACCGCACGCUCUUUCCACUGUCUGUCCUCUCCUGUCCUUAAUAUUUGUUUUUUUCUAACAGAAUGUCUAAAAUGACGGGACCACGAGAAAAGGGCGGCAGCCUGGGCUUGCAGGGACCGUCCGACACGAAAGGUCAAAUGCUGAGUCAGAGCAGACCUAUCACUUCCAGGGAGCUCGAGGUCCUUCUCAAACUCCAUCCCGAGGAGGCCGCUCAGAAGCUCCUGCAUCGAAGGACUAGUUGCCUUCUUGUUCAGAAGCAAGAAGUGCAGGAUGAAUCUCUGAUGCUCCUGGUCCAAGUCCUUGCCCAUGUCGCAGCUAGUUCCUGGAGGGAGAACGUCGGUGAACUGAUCCUCUUGAUGUGUAAACAAAGAUUCUUCGACAGAAUGUGUUCCUAUACCAUGAGGAUGAGAAGGACAUACCCUGAAAAAUGCCAUGAUUUCCUUAAACACUUGUUUAUCCUUUUAGAAGCUUAUGCUGGAGCAAUGAUAAAUGUUGCUGUGGACAGUCUGUCGAAUUUGAUUGACAUAUGUAUGUCAGUGUUACCAGUAACAGAGGAUGCAGACUUAUUGAAGAAAUAUGAAGAGUUACAGAAAUUGAAUUUGGAAAAGAAGGGAACGAUUUCCCUUUUGGAUAAUGCAGAACCUCCAGAAGAUUUCAGAGAAGUUCCAUCAUUUCCAACAUGUGAAGAACUUCUUAAAAGAAAACGACCCUUCUUUCGCAGAAAUAUCACAAAGGGAGCGUACAAAGAUAAUAAUCAUUACUUAGAUGUACAGUUCCGAUUGCUUCGUGAGGACUUCACAAGACCUCUAAGAGGAGGCAUCAAUGAUUUCAAAGAAGGUGUUCACAACAGAGAUAUCAGAGUUUACAAAGAUGUUACUAUCAGCAAACCUGUCAUCAAACAAGGGGAAAUCAUGCACAUAGCCCGUGUGAAGCUUCCGAAGAAUGUCAGUUUUACAAAAAGCAAGCGACUGAUGCAUGAGAACUUACUGUGUCUCAGCAACGAUGGUUUUAAAACGUUGCUCCUUGGAACAGUUGCUGAUACUGACGAUCUGGAACGCAAAGGAUUCUUGGGCAUUAAAUUGAAUUCUGAUCAUCGAAUGGUAAACCUCAAAGGCAGUUUUGUCAUAAUAGAGUCCAAAGCAUACUUUAUGGCUUACAGAUACGUCCUCCAAGGCUUAAAAAACCUGAUAGAUAAAGUACCAUUCGAGCCAUACAUCAUCCAUGUAAAGCCAAAUGUCGACAUCCCAGAGUACUUAAAGAAGGAUACAUUAUAUGACUUAGGUGUUGUCAAGGAUCUGGGGCUGAUGGUCAUGUCAGGCAUGAAAAAGAAACCUACAUCGUCUCCCCUUUGCAAUGUUCCCAUGAGGAGUGAACUUGAUACAUGGCCCACAUCAGAGGAACUUGGCUUGGAUGACUCGCAACGUCGAGCUUUGCACAAUGCUCUUACUCGAUGUUUUGCUAUCAUCCAGGGACCUCCUGGAACUGGAAAAACCUUCAUUGGCCUUAAGAUUACGCAGAUAUUGCUUCAUAAUAGCCAUAUCUGGAAGCAUGAAGUUAAUUCUAGCCCAAUACUGAUUAUCUCCUUUACAAACCAUGCAUUGGAUCAGUUCCUCGAGGGAAUAUCAGAAUACACUGACAAGAUUGUCCGAGUGGGAAGCAGAACCAAUAGUGCAACUAUAGCUAGAUUCCAGAUCAAACAUGUAAUAAGAUCCUUAAGAAUAAGACGCGUUACCCAAAAUUUCGGAGUAAAAGACAUAAAAAAUGAGAUGGAACGCGUAGAGAAAAAGAUUAAAAAACUUCAAGCGAGAGCAGACGGCCUUGAGUGCCCACCAGGAAUCAUAAGACUAAAUGAAUUAGUGACAGUUAUUCCAACGAUUUUCAUGUUACAACUACAGGAAGCAUCUCUGUCACUUUGGCUGUUAGACCAGCGCCUACUGGGAGAAGCCAAAAUGAACCUGAAAAGGCAGGGCAAAUCCUUCAAACCAGUAUAUAAUGUGCCUUCAGACCUCCAGUUUGAAGUUACUUUCGAGUCUCUAGAGAAGCAGAAGAAAGAGUGCGAAGGCAACAAGAAUAUAUUGGCACAGAUGUGCAUCCAGUUUCUUCCACGAAAGAUGGAAUUCUUGCAAAUAGGUCUCCAGAUCCACGAAGACCCAGACAAGAUCGUGGAAUUAGAGAAAACAUGUGACAACAUCUGGAGACUGGGAAUCGUAAGACGUUGGCAACUGUACAAGCACUGGGUAAGGAAAGUUCGCUGCCAGAUUUUGGACCAGCUAUCUUCCGCAGUAGAUUCUCACAGGAAAUUGAGUGAAGAUUUGCAAAAAAGUAAAAAUGAGUUGUCAUUAAAUGCCAUGAAACAAGCAUCUGUUGUAGGUAUGACAACUACUGGAGCUGCCAGAAAUGCACAAGUUCUGAAAGAUCUUGCUCCCUCUAUAGUGAUUAUUGAAGAAGCAGCUGAGGUCUUGGAAUCGCAUGUUGUUACUUCUCUCACGACACAGUGCAAGCAUGUUAUCCAGAUAGGCGACCACCAGCAGCUUCGGCCAAGUGCGACAGUCCACGAAUUGGCCACGAAAUAUGAGCUUGAAAUCUCCCUCUUUGAGAGAAUGAUUAGAAAUGGAUUGCCCUUCGCGACCCUGGAAUUCCAACACCGGAUGAGACCAAGCAUUUCAAAGCUGCUAGUACCGUCCAUUUACCCGGCGCUGAAAGACAGUCCUUCUGUAAGAGACUUCCCUCAUAUCAGGGGACUUCAGAAGGACCUGUUUUUCUUCUCUCAUAAGUAUCCGGAAGAAAAGAAAGCUGGCGAUGACUUGAGCCACGAAAACGUGCGUGAGGCUCAGUUCCUCAUGGGGCUCUGCCGUCACCUCAUGUUGCAGGGCUAUGCACCGGAUGAAGUGACCAUCCUCGCCGCCUACUCUGGACAAUUCUUUCUUCUUCGAAAACUUCAGCAGAAAGACCCACAGUGCAAAGAUGUGAAGAUUUGUGUCUUGGACAAUUUUCAAGGUGAAGAGAACAAGAUCAUACUGCUCUCAUUGGUGCGCAACAAUGACAAAGGUAUCGUUGGGUUCCUCCACACUAAGAACAGGGUGUGCGUGGCUCUGUCACGGGCCAAACAUGGCUUCUAUAUUGCCGGCAACAUGGACAUGCUCACGGCUUCUAGUGAUCUGUGGAGGAAGAUCAAACAGGAUCUCGUCAAAGGGGAAUCCUUAGGGGAUGCCCUGGUCCUCAAGUGUGAAAAUCACCCCGAAAACUUGCAUUCUGUGAAGUGUUAUGAGGAUUUCUUGGCUAAAAGUCCCAAUGGAGGUUGCCUCUUGCGAUGUGGCCAAAAACUGCCUGACUGUGAUCAUCUCUGUGAGUGGACCUGCCACUUAAAGGACAUGCAACACACGAAGUACAAGUGCAGCAAACCUUGUUCUAAGGUGAGAUGUGAUUUAAACCACCCCUGUCCAAAAUUAUGCUGGCAAAAAUGUGGGCCCUGUGAAACUAUCGUAACCAAGACCUUCCCUUGUGGCCACACACCUACACUGCCUUGUAAAGAGGAAGCUUGCCCGACAUUAGUAGAAAGAGUGAUGGCAUAUUGUGAGCACAGGGUCACUGUGCCUUGUCACUCACAGGAAGACGUAAUACCUUGUCCAGUUGCGUGCGACAGUCGUCUUGCAUGUGGUCAUGUGUGUAGGCUGAAGUGUCACGCCACAAAGGAUCCAGAUCAUCAGAACUACAUUUGUAAGAAGAAAUGCAUCAAGCUCAGCCAUGGAUGCACACAAGAUCACCAAUGCCCCCAAAUAUGUGGAGAGCCAUGCGACUUAUGCCUCAUACCAGUGACAAAAGAGCUUCUUUGUGGUCAUGAGGCGAAAGAAAUAGAGUGCCAUGUGCCGGAGCAUAAAAUCCAGUGCUCGGUAAAAGUCAGUAAAAUUCUUGCGUGUGGCCACGAAGCACAGGAUGUUGAGUGCAGCAGCACCAUCAAAAGCAUCAAAUGUACAGUCUUAACGAAUCAGACUCUGCCAUGUGGGCAUGAGGUUGAUUAUGCGCCAUGUGGUGCAGCGACAGAGGAAGUCCUAUGCCGUGAAAACUGCCUGCAAAUCUUAGAUUGUGGUCAUACCUGCAAAAAACUUUGCCAUGAAGAAUGUGGCGAUUGCUCGGUAAAAGUCAGUAAAAUUCUUGUGUGUGGCCACGAAGCACAAGGUAUUGAGUGCAGCACCACCACCAACAGCAUAAAAUGUACAGUCUUAACGACUCGGGUUCUGCCAUGUGGACAUAAGCUAGAUGUGGCAUGUGGUACAAGAACAGAACACCUCAUAUGCACUGAAAAGUGCAUGAAAAUCUUUGAUUGUGGUCACAUUUGCAAAAAGCUUUGCAGCGAAAUAUGUGGUGGUUGUUUAGUGAAAGUUAAAAAGACAAAACCGGAGUGUGGCCACGUCAUUCAGGUGGCAUGCAGUUCUCAACCUGGCAAAGUUCCAUGUAAUGGAAAAUGCCCUAAAAAGUUGCCUUGUGGACACCCGUGCAAGGCAAAAUGCAAGGAGCCGUGCACGAGGAAAUGCCAAGAGCAAGUUUUCAUCAAGUGCCUCAAUAACCAUAAAGUCAGCAUUGGUUGCUACCAGCAGCAGAAAGAAACUGAAAUAAUAGACUGGUACACCUGCAAGAAAAAAUGUAAGCAGAUAUUAAGCUGUGGCCAUUCUUGCAAAGGAAAUUGCAGCGGUUGUCUUCAAGGACAGCUUCAUAAGCCUUGCAAGGAACAAUGCAACAAGAGACUCAUCUGUGGCCAUUUAUGCACCUCGGUUUGUGGAGAAUUGGUGUGCCCUCCUUGCACUCAAAAGUGUGCGAGGCGUUGCAUACACAGAGCAUGCAACAAAUUGUGUGUUGCAGAGUGUGAUCCAUGCCAGAAACCAUGCCAGUGGUCGUGCCGGCACCACAGAUGCCAGAGCAAGUGCAGUGCCCCCUGUGGGAAGGGCCCCUGCGGUCAGCCGUGCCAGAAGAAGCUCGCCUGUGGCCACGCGUGCGCCGGCUUCUGCGGCGACGCCUGCCCUCCUCUGUGCCCAGUGUGCCACGAGAAGAGGCUGCGGGAGGCCUUUCUGGGGCGCCCUCGGGCCAAGGGUCGCGCCCGAUUCGUCCUCCUGGAAGACUGCGGCCACACAAUCGAUUCUAAAACCAUGGAGGAACACCUUGGAAAAUACAAGGACGAGAUAAUAGAGGUGUUGAACUGUCCGAGAUGUGGCCACCCAAUCUUCCACCUCCGCCGUUUCAAGGACGUGGUUCGGGAGGAGCACGAGCGGGUCAAUUUUGUUUUAUACGUAUACUACAUAUCGACGCCAUCUAUAGAGCUAAAGGGAUGGAAUCAGUUCAAGGAAGAAAUUGCCAUGACGACUCAGAAAUAUAAACAAGCUAGUAAUAAGCUCCAAAAUGGAUGGGUGAACCAACUCAAGAACCGCAACCUAGUGGAGUUCAGUGAUUUCCUGCUUCGUGGAGCUGCCAGGUUCUUGAAGAUAUGGCGAGUGGUGAAGACUUACAGCCGAAGUCCGUCCGUGCCUGCUAUAGAGGCCAAGGUGAUGGCCUUGUUGUUUGCAAUAUUGGCGCGCGUUCUCUGCCCUUCAAAUGUCAUCACCCAUCAGCUGGUGGAGGAGGUGCAGCGGGAGUUGCACAGGCUGGAGAAUUACUUGUACAGCAUUAUAAUGCAGCAUAAAAGUACAGCUACAGGGAUAAAUGAGGCGGGAACAGGAACUAGGGGAAAAAGAGGAGGAACAAGAACACUAAUGAAGAGAGCAGGAGCAGAUACGGGAGCGCGAACAAAGGAGGCAGGAACAGGAACAAGGACAGAAAAAGGACCAAAAGAAGCAGGAGCAACAUCCGCUCUCCCUGAACUCCCUGUCGACUCGGGAGUGAAAUUCGACGAGGACUUUCAGCAUCGGCUCGGGGAAUUCAUGCAAGGCAAAGGGAAGGCCGAGAGUGAUAUGAGUUUUUCCACGUGGGAAAGGUUCCAGCCUCGAUUUACCUUGAGCGUGUCUCGAGGGAGUUGGUUCCGAUGCCCCCAGGGACACGUUUACUAUUGGGCAGGGGGCGCCGGCGACAGGGGCGAGGCCAAGUGUCCCUUCUGCAAUCCCCUCAGAGCAACAUUGCAUGUUGAUGGCUAAUAAGAGUAUUAUUAUUGAAAUAACAAUGACUAAGAGGUAUUGUAAUAAUUACAGAUAGAAGUGGUCAAAGGGAUAGGGAUUACACUAGAUUUUUUCAAUAUUAUGUUUGCCUUUUGUUGUAAAGAGCCACACUACACGGAAGUCAAAGACAAACAUAUUUUUAAAGUUAGCUUGAUAAGAAAAAAAAGUUGCUCUGGUAUAUAAUAAAUUAAAAGAAAAUAUGUUUGUAUAUUGCAAGUCCAUAACGCAUGUACACGCCUGCAGCAAAUACAGUAUUUUGAGGGGUAGAAAGCCAAAUUAUGAUUUCUUCUAAGAUGGAGAUGUUUUUAUUUAGUAUAGCAGUUUUAUCUUAAAAUGUCAUCAUCAUCAAAAAGUAAUUAUGAUAAUCAUUGCAUACAGAAAAAAAAUCUAUAUUUUUUCGUGUUUUAGUUACUAUUUAGUAUAGCAGUUUUAUCUUAAAAUG